AUGAAUCAGCGUUUUGACAACCUUGAUUCCAGAAUUGAAGCUUUAUAUGUUGAUCUCAAAAGAAGGAUUGAUUGCCUUGAUGCUGAACUCAAACAAUUCAUUUCUACAGGAUACUUUGGAUCAUUGUUCAAUGCUAAAGAAGAAGAAAUCAGAAGACUCAAAAAUGAAGUAUCUCAAAUUGAACGAGAACAUCUUCCAAAUCCUUCACCAACCUACAUACCUAAAGCUUUCCCAUACACUCCAUCAUAUUCUUUCAUUCCACAAUCACCACCUACACCAUCCUACAGACAGCCAGAUUAUUCCAAGCAUUUCAAAUCCACUACUGAAAUCCUUAAGAGACAUUCUCUUAUUCCAUCAGCUCCUAUUACUCGCAGAUCUCCAAUUCCAGCAAAGCCUUUACCUCCUGAACCUGUUGAUCAAAAGCUCAAAAGCCCAUUUGUAUCACCUGAUCAAUCUCCAUCUUUCCUUGCUGACCCCAUUCCGGAAAUACCCAUUGAAGACAACAGUGAUGUUUCCACUGAAAUUGAAACAUCGUCCUCCUCCCCUGAUUAA